ACGACAGAAAAAAAAAAAAAAAAAAAAACAGUUAAAAAAAAUUAUCAAAGGAGCACAUUAAAUAAUAAAAAAUGGGCAAGAAGCAUAAAAAACACAAGUCUGAGUGGAGAACCGUUGACGAUUAUGUGAACAAGCCUUUGGAGAAACCUCUAAAGCUCGUCCUAAAGGUUGGAGGAAGUGAAGUUACAGAACUUUCAGGAUCAGGGCACGAUUCCAGUUAUUACGAUGACAGAUCAGACCAUGAGCGGGAACGGCAUAAAGAAAAGAAGAAGAAGAAAAAGAAGAAAUCUGAAAAGGAGAAGGAUAAGCAUGUGGGUGACGAAGAGAGGAGGAGGAGAAAGGAAGAAAAAAAGAGGAAGCGGGAGAGAGAGCAGUGUGACACUGAGGGAGAGGUAGAAGGGGCCAAUGCAGUAAAGAAGAUGGAGGAAGAAAAAAAGAGGAAGCAGUUCGACACUGAGGGUGAGGUGGAUGACUUUGACCGGGGAAUAAAGGUGGAGCAGGUGGAGCACCCAGCAGACAGGCCGAUCAGAUCGUGCAGAACUCAGCAGGAAAAUGAUUGCACCCCCAUACAACAGCUACUAGAACAUUUCUUACGACAGUUACAGAGGAAGGAUCCCCAUGGGUUCUUUGCAUUCCCAGUUACUGAUGCUAUUGCUCCAGGUUAUUCCAUGAUUAUUAAGCAUCCCAUGGACUUUGGCACAAUUAAAUAUAAGAUUGAAAUAAAUGACUAUAAAUCAGUGACUGAGUUCAAGGCUGAUUUCAAACUGAUGUGUGAUAAUGCUAUGGUUUAUAACAGACCAGAAACUGUGUACUACAAGGCAGCAAAGAAGUUGCUUCACACAGGAUUUAAGAUGAUGAGCAAAGAACGGCUUUUAGCUUUGAAGCGCAGCAUGUCGUUCAUGCAGAACAUGGAUUUUUCUCAGCAGGCAGCUAUUUUGGGCAAUGAAGACACAGUAACGGAAGAACCAGUUCCGGAAGUUAUACCAGUGCCUGUUGAACCGACAAAGAAAUCAAAGAAACCAGUGAAAGACAUGAAUGAAGUUAUAAGCUAUCUUUAUGAACCAGAAGGCACAGCUUGCAGUUUAACAGAUAGCACAGCUGAAGAACAUGUCUUGGCAUUAGUGGAACAUGCAGCUGAUGAAGCCAGGGAUAGGAUCCACAGACAUCUUCCUACUAGCAAGCAAGACACCCACAGAACUCCAAACAAAAUGCAACUAAUCAAAAGAAAGAUUGGCUACCUGAAAAAGGAUGCAGAUGGUGCUCUGGUGUAUACUGUCGUCAACCAGUCUGAUCCAGAGACUGAAGAAGAGGAGACCCACCCUGUUGAUUUAAGCUCUCUGUCAAACAAACUGCUUCCUGGUUUAACUACCUUGGGCUUCAAAGAUGACAGAAGAAACAGAGUUACAUACCUCAACAGUUCCUAUAACACACAGUCAUUACAGAACAAUACAGUUUUCCCUGAUCUCAGGCCAGAUGAAAUGGAACUCUUGUAUUCAGCAUAUGGGGAUGACACUGGUGUGCAGUGUGCCUUAAGUUUGCAGGAGUUUGUAAAAGGAUGUGGGAACUUCACAAAGACAAUCGUGGAUGGCCUGUUAGACCAGAUGACCAGUGGUGAUCAUUCCAAAGCUGUUUAUCAAAUAAGACAGAGGAGAAACAUUGGAACGAAACCCCCAGAUGAGACAAAAACCAGCAUAUAUGAUAUGCAGGUUGGGGAUGCAGCUGGCAUGGCUGGAGACGGCAACAACUCUGUACUGGAUUUCAUGUCCAUGAAGUCCUAUUCAGAUCUGUCUUUAGAUAUGUCAGUGUUGAACACACUAGGCAAAACAGUAAAAAAAGAGCCAGAUCACGAAGAUGGCCAUCUCCAUUUUGAUGAUGCGGCUAAGCUGCUACAAGACCUUCACGAGGCCCAGAAUGACAGAGUAGGAUCAAGACCCUCUUCCAACCUCAGUUCAUUAUCCAAUGCCUCUGAACGGGAUCAGCACCAUCUAGGUAAAGGCUCAAAAAGAACAAAGAGUCCUGCUCAUCUAAGUGCUGGAGAACAAGCCGAAAUGGUUCGACCCUUACGAGUUUCUACAGUCUCCAGAACCUGGUUCCACUUGGACAAUAGCUGAUUUUAGUUUACUAUUGAGUCAAUGUCCACUAUUC